UCAUUAUUGAAGUUGUCUCAGCCCGGCUUGUGCCUAAGAAGCAGUGUUUUUAAAGAUCCUACCAUGCCCGAUGCGUGUUGGCAGCUUUGCCUUUACCCUGGUGGUAAACGUCCAGAAAAUGCCAAUAAUGUGUCGUUGUUCUUGAAGAUGUCUGCCACUUCUCCACUCAAAGAGGUUGUUGUGAAAGCCGAGUACCGUUUCUUUUUUCUGGACGAAGAUGAUGAGAUAAAGUUCAGUAAUGUGAAUAUUGGUGAUUUUCAUGCAAAGCCACCAAAAGGAGGUCAUUCAUGGGGUCUACGCAACAUUCCCAGACAGAAGGUACAAAACAGUAUUCGUGCUGAUCAUUCAUUGGUGAUAUCGUGUACGAUAGAACUUUUACCAGACGCAGGUCGUAUUCCAUGCAGACGGGUUGAACCAAGCGCUCUUGUUAUCACUGAUAUGGCAGAGGUGUCACGGGUUCACAUGCAAAAUGAGUUAGCGAUGUUUUCCGGUGGUGAUUGUACUCCAUAUUCGGAUCUGAGUGUUGCCGCAGGACCUGAGGAGGAUCGGGUUGUGUUUGCUGUGCACAAAUAUAAGCUCAUAGCACAUUCGGAUGUCUUUCGUGCUAUGCUAGGACAUAAUAUGGAGGAGAGCAAGGUAGAAAUAUUUGCUUUAUCAUUAGUGUCUUGA